ACACCGUCUGGCAAAAAAGGAAAUUAAGGGCGACAACAUUUUCCAAUGGCGUCCAACUGAUGUAAAAAACGAAGCACUUGCUAUUCAACAGCUGCCCACGGAAUGAUGUCUCGCUAUAAUAAUUUUCUUCUUCGAAAUGGUGUAGUGGUCAUGGUGUUUUUGGGUUGUGCAGCGUUGGAUUCAGGAAUAUUUCAUUCCUGCCCUCAGGUUUCUUGUAACGGUUCGAUCUCAAUCAACCCGUGUCUGGUGAAGAAUAACGUCUGCCAAUGUCAGACCAGCAACAGCUCAGUCUGCGAUACUCUAGACCAGCAGGCUUUUGUAAACCUGACUGGGGCAUCAAAUGAAAUUGCGUCAAAAUGGACUUGCUGUGUUUGUCCUCCAAAUACGACCUAUUGCUGUGACAAGUGUCCCAACAUUUCAACUUCAUCUGUAGUAGCUCCGCUAGUUCUAGCACAACCAACCUGGAACUUCACGUUGCUGCUGGUCUUUGUGCUAGAGUGUGAAAUGUUCAAAAGUUUCCAGGACAACUUGACUAACUCACUACAAACGAGAAUUUCUAGCCUGACCAGCAUUCCACUAAGUCAGAUCACAGUGAUCAACAUGAGCUGCGCCUCUGGUCAGCGGCCAUACUGCGGGGUCGACGUGGCAAGCAUCAGGGCACAUCAUCGCGAAAGGCGCCUAGCUGUGGGAGGUCGGAUGAAGGGAAGUAAGAAGAAGAAAAACGAGAAGCAAUUUAACUAUCACAACACGAACCGCUAUUACGCAAUCGAAGAGGACUGCGACAGUUUGACUGCCAAUAUCACCAUCUACGAAAGAAACAAAACUGCUCUUGAAUCAUCUCUUAAAUUUCUAAGACAGCUACAAGUUAAUAACUCUGUUAUCAUUCCGUUAUGGAAUGGAAGAACCAUUUUUUCAACCUUUAUGUUGUCCGCCAUGUAUGGUGGCUCAUAUAGUUUGCACGAAGCGCCCAGGCCUUUACCGCUACCCCUCCCUCCGACAGAUGGCGUCCCGCCCAUUGAGACGGACUUGAAGCCUAUGAUCUAUGCGGGUGCCUCUAUAUUAGGUCUCGUUGCUUUGUGUGUUUUAUGGCAGUUUAUAAAACAAUCCUGGCUUUUGUCAAGAAAGAAGUUUACUCCGAUCAACAGUGACCGUCUGGAUCACAAAACAGACCAGCAACUUAAGCAAUUGAAAAUUCAAGAGGCCAUGGAGGAAAACGAUCGUGUCACAGCCAAUGGGAGCGCAUCAUCCUCUCUGAGCUUGCCUCGAAGCAAUGUCGAGGCCAAGAAGCAGUGGCCCCCAGGCUACCCCGUGAGGUCCCUUAAACCGGCGUACGAACCAACUGAGUUACACUAUCAGCGGACUCCUCCAAGACUCAUACUGGACGAUGAAGGCUGUGAUAUUGAGGACAGGCGGAGUAUUGGUAGCGCAAGCAUGUCGAAUUUAGACAAUGACACCCUGAGUGACAUUUUUAACAGCGAUGAUGAGCAAUUCAUUUGUCCAUCUAAUUCUUGCCCGCCUUGUUCGCCAGGUUACACAAAUCCAGCUUUCAUCGAGGACGAAAAGACAACUGGAAAUAGUUAUCCAGGUUUAAACAGGAAGCCGGGCAUAGCUUCGAAAUCGCUCACACCUGAUAAAGGAAAUGCAAAGUUAUCCGUUAAUCCAAGUGAUGUUCACAAUCAAAGGGACGGCUCCAUUGCCUCUUCUGAGUUAAGCUUGGACGCCGGUGAAGAUACGGUUUUCCUGCCCGCUAAGGACAAAAAACAAGAGAAGCAGAAGAAUGUGAACAAAUUUUUGUCGCCCUCAAACGGUGAGAAAAUUAUCAGGAGGUCGUCUAUUACUUCCGUUGUCGAAGACGAGGGGAUUCGAAAAAAUUCCGCGCGUGGGGCCAAGAGUCCAAACACGUCUAGAAUAGAGCACCUUGUUGAAGAAAAAAGUAGAAAACCUUCUCUAGCUUCGUCCGACAAAGAAAGAAGACCUGGUACCCCGAAGGAUACCAACUCUAAAGGGAAAAAGACCACUACUGCGUCAACUUUGGCAAGUCCUAGACAUUCGCCUCGUGCGGAAGACAUUGGUGUUAGAAAUUCGGAGAGUUCUGGCAAGAACAAAAUAAAGGGGAGUGUACUAUCAGUUACCACCACGACAAAGAAGAGAAACUCUGUUUCCGUUGCCGCGAUAACAGGGGCGAAAGAGGAUUCUGAGGGUAGCGUGACAAAAUUCCGUGUAAGAUCAACUACGUCCAUAAACGGCGAGCGGAGGAAAUCUGCAGCAGAGCCCGCUAGAUUUGGGGAAAGCCUCCCUGAGGGAAGCAGAACCAAGGCGAAUGAACUAACAAUUGAGGACGUCAUUGAGGAUAAAAAUACAGCAGCAACGGGAAACAAGAAGAAAAAAAUGAAGAAGAAAGAGAAGGCAGAGAAGGAAGUAAAGAUAAAAGUGGCUGAUUCAGAUGAUUCAUCCGAAGAAAAAACCGCGAAAUUCAUUCCGGACACAGAGGCCGGAUUGACUGUGAUAAGUUUAUCUGAAGAACAUAAAAGUAAGUUUGUUGCAUCACAAGAGAGCGAAACCAAAGCAAAGAAAAAGAAAAAAAGGAAAGAAAAGGAGGAAAAGAAAAGAAAAAUUGAAAAUCCUGAGCCUUCAUCGGAUGAAGAAGCACAGGGUAAUACGCAAGAUUCAAGUUCAGAUAUCAUUGCCGUAAAAGCGAAGACGCAAAAAACGCCCGCUGUUCACGAUGGAACUCAGGAUAAAAAAAAGAAAAAAAAAGAAGUGGCCACAGGACGAAAAAACCCUGAAACUGCCGAAGAAAGGCCUGCGACUGUGGGAAGAAAUGGCAGUUUUGUUCGAUCUACAAAUAAUUUUAAGGGGGAUUCCCCGAAUACCGCUACCCCGGAGCGAAGGCGCAUGAAGUCCAUUUGUAUCGAGGACAUGGAAAGCAGAUCCCCACCGAUUGGCGUGGGAGGAAGUCGAAGAAAAACUGACAUUCCUGAUAUACCUGAAGAUUGGGAGCAGACUUCUUCAUCUCAAAUCAACACUCGUUCACGACCAAACAGUAUAUCCCCCAUUCCAACUGGAUACAAAUCACCGCGCCUGGUGAUAAAACCCUCUUAUCAUAAAUACUGACCUCUGCAUGCGCCGUCCUCUCCUUCCUCAGCCCCUUGAUAUAAGGGACCUCUUUUCUGUGGUCCUCACAAAUAUGCCCCUUUCUGAGAAAUCAUACCUACUGUAUAUAAGACGUUAUUUGAAUCAUUAUAGGUAUGUCCAGUCAAGAAACGAUCUCUGAGAUUCACUGCACAUCGGUUUCUUUCACGGUAAUGAAAUUCGAAGCUGCGACGAACACGGUCGCUGAAGUUUGACUGCAAAUUUGAGGUAGAAAUACAGACAACCCGAGAGCCAAUUAGAAAAAAUACAAAAAACGGUUCUGUCCUCGUGUACCGGUUCACAAGAGCCAAUACAAAAGACCAAACAAUACACAAUAGCUAACCAAUAACUCCUAAACUAAGAAAGAACAAUCGUAAUUCCCUUGUGAACCGGUACACCAGGACAGAACCCAAAAAACGUUUCCCGGCUUUCGACCGAUUUUACACGUCUACCUUGACCCUGUUUCAGAGUGUGUUUGUAAUAAUAAAAAAAAAUAAUAAUAAUAACAAAAAAAAAGCUACAUAGAUACGUACUGCAGUAAAUGGCUUGAACCCGGGGGUAACAUGUGAACGUGUAGUCUGCUAGAUAAGUACUGCGCGUA